AUGGAACCAAUACCAUUAGAGACAGUAAUUGUUGAUCAAGAGAUUGUCAAAGAGUUACAGUGUGGAAUCUGUCUACAGAUUAUAAACAAACCUAGACAAUGUUUACAAGGUCAUCUAUAUUGUCUUGAUUGUAUAUCACAAUAUUUAAAGAAAUCUCAAGAAUGUCCAACAUGUAGAACAUCUUUAAAUGUUGAAAAGUUAUCACGUUCUUUAUUUGUUGAAAGACAUUUAAGAAAUUUAAAUGUAUGGUGUAAAUAUCAUUUUGAAAAUAAAGGAGGAGGAAAUAAUAAUGUAUGGGAAGUUGAUGAACAAGGAUGUAAUGAAAUAUUGACAAUGGAGAAUUCUACAAGACAUGAAAAUACUUGUGAAUAUAGUUUUGAACCUUGUAAACUAUCUUCAGAUUGUGGAUUGAUUAGAAAGAUUCAACUAGUUGAUCAUUUGGAAAAAUGUCCAAAAAGACCUAUCAAAUGUGAUCAUUGUUUAAUUGAGUAUCCAUUUUCUGAUAUUGAUAAACAUUUAUUAGAAUGUGAAAUGAUUGAAAUUCAAUGUGACAAGUGUAAUACAAAAUUAUUAAAAAGAGAUUUUGAAACACAUAAAUUAAAUGAAUGUCCAAAUUGUCAUGUUCAUUGUCCAUUUUUUGAUUCUGGUUGUUUAAAAAUGUUUGAUAGAAAGAAUUUACAAGAACAUAUUGAUAAAUCACUUGGAGAACAUUUAAUUUUAAUGAAAAACAAUUAUACACAAUCCAUUUCAUCAUUGAAAAAGGAUUUCAAUCAACAAUUAAAAGAAAAGGAUGACCAAAUUAAAAAAUUGGAAAAAGUUUUAAAUGAUAAACAUGAACCAGAUACAAAAAUUGAAUGGUGUGUAAAAAAUUAUAGUAUAGCAAAGAAAAAAGGAUAUAUUCAAUCGGAAAAGUUUGUUUUGGGAGGAUUUCAAUGGUUUUUGGGAUUCUAUACAGAUGGAGAUAGCGCCGACAGCAAAGGAUACAUUAGCAUUUAUCUAUUUCUCGAUACUCAUCAAAUCCCAAAAGGAAAGAGUUUGGCUUUGGAAUAUUACCUCAAAUUUUUUAAUCAUCGCGAUCCUAGUCAAUCUGUGAAAAAGGAAUUUAGAACAACCUUUCCCAUCAAGGGUGGCAGAGGUUGGGGUGAUAGAAAGGCUGUCAAAAGUGCUCUUCUCGAUUCUAGUGGUUUCAUAAAGGAUGAUACCUUGUUGGUAAAGGCUGAAAUUAAUGUAAAAAAAACUUGUUGGUCAAUUGAUCAAGAACCUGAUACUUAG